AUGUUAAUGGCUCACUUGUCUCUAUAUUUUUCUCUGUGGAAAAUCUACUUUCGUCUCCGAGUCGAAAAUUUCGACGAUCGCUUGUGUCGUUCAGGUUUCCGCGGAAUAAUUGCACGCUCGAGCGCUGCGCACAGUCGUGCUUGCAGCAUGCAAUGUUGGCGUUUGUGUUUCAUCGUCGUACUAGUGCUUCCGGCGUGCGCACACGGACGUGGUACGUUUGCCCGUCAGUUGCUGGACAGUGAACUCGCUGCCGCGGAUACCGACAAGGAGCGAGUCUUCAACAAGACUAUCGCGGCCCAAUUCAACACACUUUUACAAAAAGAGUUCGAAGACGAGGAGACGGCGGUACAUGGAACAGCAACUGGUGCAGGGAGAAGUUUCAGUAAUACCGUUCGAAGUGAAGGCGGAACACUGGAGACUGUCAUUAGACUUCACAGGCCACGCGGAGGAGAAGUAGCUACGGAACCUUCUGACGAUGCCACCAGAGACCUGAAGGACGACGCAUCUCAUAAAGUUGUGGAGAGCGUAUCAACACAACGAAAUGAAGCAACAGUUGGAGAAACAAAGACACAUAUCCAGGCAGAAAAAGCUCUGGAACAGUUGAGUAUGGAGGGGGCAGAAGAUAGUCAACAGGCAAACAGAAGAGAAACCACGUUGCUGACGCAGCUCGUCGGUGUUAAACGCGAUAUAGAUCGUGCGUUUGGAGCGAACAAGGAAAACUCCGAAGACGUUGACCGCUUAGUCGAUGCCGCCGACAACGAGUUCGUGAUAUCCAAUCCAAAGCGGGGAACGAUGGAACUACAACAAGAUUUAAGACUUAUAAAUGACCUUGUCAUUAUGCUCUGCUCAGCUGCUGCUGGUGGUUCUUUGUUUGCCCUUUUACAACAGCCGCUAAUCACCGGUUAUCUUGUUGCGGGUUCACUAGUUGGUCCUGGUGGGUUUGGCAUGAUAGUAGAACUAGUUCAAGUUGAGACCUUUGCCCAAUUUGGUAUAAUUUUUCUUCUGUUUGGCCUUGGUCUAGAGUUUGACAUCACGAAACUUCGACAAGUGCAAAGUGUGGCCGUAUAUGGUGGGUUUCUUCAAAUGCUUCUUUCGAUGCUCGUUUGCGGUGUAGUGAGUGACUUUGCCGGUGCAUCUGCCAAAGAAGGAAUAUUUGUCGGUGCCUUUCUCUCCGUGAGUUCGACAGCUGUCGUCGGUAAGUGUUUGAUAGAAAGAGACAAUCUCCGAACGCUCUGUGGACAAAUCACAAUGGGGACAUUGAUUUUGCAGGACUGCACUAUAGGCUUGUUGUUCGCACUUAUACCAGUUCUUGCUAGUAGCCAGGGCUCCACACUUUGGAGCUUUGCGGGCGUUGUUGUGAAGAUGAUAAUAUUUGUGCUAGUAUUUACACUCCUUUCUGGAAUUAUCACUAAACGAAUAUUCAGAUUCGUAGCAGCUCACAGUGACGAGAGUUAUCAAUUAACGGGUGUUGCGUUUUGCUUGAUCGUAGCCUGUGCCUCGGAGCGUCUAGGACUUUCCAUGGAACUGGGUGCUUUCGUCGCUGGCGUCGCGGUGUCGGCGACGCCUUACGCCGAUCAGACGCUCCAUAGUCUCGAACCCUUUCGUAACAUCUUUACGGCGCUUUUUCUAACAUCGAUUGGACUUAUCAUGAACCCAUAUUUCCUAUGGUUACACUUGGACGUGCUGGUCAUGUCAGUUUUCGCCGUAAUUAUAUUUAAGACAACUUUGAUCGCAGUAGUAGUGCGGGCGUUCGGGUAUAAUUUGUACACUAGUUUUACAGUUGGGGUAUCUCUCGCACAAGUGGGUGAAUUGUCUUUCGUUUUGCUUUCAAGAGCCUCUGGUGCAAACCUUGUUGAGAGAAAGCUCUAUCUUCUACUCCUCGGAACUACAGCCCUAAGUCUGAUUUUUACACCUACACUUUUUCGGGCAACGCCAAGCUUGUUAAGAUUUGCAGCCGUGGCACGUUUUAUAAGUAAAGAUGAGUUGAGUGAAGAGCUUUCGUCUAGUAGCAAAUAG